UUUUAUUAAACGCAAAACCAGGUAAAAUUACUUAGAGUACAAAAAAACGGUAAAUUAAUUAUAAAUACAGAAGAUAUUUUGUAAAUUCAAAACCUAAAAUCCCUCCUCAACAAGCAAAGUGGACUCACCCUAUCAGUCGUGUUCGCGAGGGUGCAUACUGCGCAAAAAGACACAUAGGACUGCGUGUUGCCCAGCAACUAAAUUAUUAAAUAUCUAUAGCCAGAAACAACUGUUUUGUAUUUCAGUAAAUAGCUUUGUAAUGUUAAAGGUUGAAUGAUACCAAUACGUUUCCACUGAUGAACAUUUUGUAGCACACGUUUCUGCUUCGAACAACACUAGAGAUUAAAUAGCAUUUGUUCUUUCAUCACGUGUGCUGAAUUGAGAAUGAGUCAUCCAUCUAAAAGAGGCAGACAAAGUGUCACGUCUGCUUCCAGUAAAAAAAUUGCAGACAAAAACUGUAUCGCAGUGAACUCCUGUAACUGCUCACGUUCAGUCCCUGAUGUUAUCGAUUGGGAUGAGAGUCAUAAGUACAAGAUGAAACGACUAAGGACUCGCAAAGAAAGAAACCAAGUCAGGGGCAGCGGGGCAGAAGCGUCAAAUAGAAAAUCACACCAUCAUCACCAGCACCACCGAAAUCACAUAUCCAGCAAAGAUAAGCAACAAUCCAAUAGCUGCGGCAAGACUAUCGCUCAUUGUCCUCAGAGAAAAGAGGCAAGAUUUGUACGCCUCUUUCCUUCUGCACAAGAGCCCAGUGUUAUCACGACCAACCGACUUAUAGGCCAUCAGGGCCUGUUCAACCAUGAGGUGAAGUCUAUUGACAUCGAGCGCUUGUUGAGUGAGCAAAGGAAGCAGGGAAGGCAAAGGCAGCCAGGGCUACAAGAAAAUAACCUGGAUGCUAUUUGUCCGGUGCCAAAUUCCCCCCCAUCAUCUCCUUGCUCUAGCAGUGAAGCUCAAUUGGCCAACUCGAGUGAAGGUGUGUUAAUUGCAAGGGAUUCAGUUGUGGCUCUUCAUCAGGAGAAAACCAGUGUGGACUGUCAUUCCAAUACAUAUGGGUCAGAUAUCACACCAGGACAGAGAUCACAAAUACCUGGUAUUUCAGCUGAAAAAGAAAACCAACCACCCACAAGCAGCCAAAGUUAUUCAUUAAAACAUAAAAGUAAGACGAACAAAGCUGUCAUGUCCAUUAUGGAGAGGGAGACUUCCCCUACACGGGUCAAAGGAAAUGUGAGGCCUGAACUUGAGAAGGUAAACACACAAGUGAAGGCCCCCACUGCAAAGAACCAAACGCUAGCGUGGAAACGUAGUCCCGACUCCCCACACCAGCUCUGGCACAACGCCAUCAGUGUGGUAGCUGGCCGUUUGUGUCAUUCACUAAAGCUACAACUGCCAAGAAGAAGAGACGUGCUAGCAGAAAGCAGAGAAGUGCUGUUGCUCGCCAUUCAGGAGAGGCAUGGCCCCCUGUUCCAAGAGCAUCUGCUUGGGGUGCAGCGAAGGCUCAGUUUUGGUAACCAUACUGUCCAGGGUCCGGAGGCGAUACCACCCACCACAAAAUCAGAUGAAUCCUUUACUGCCAUCCAAGGAAAGACAUUUGAUCAGUCAUGUUUUGAGACCCAUAAAAAGGCCUUUGGCAAAAGCAGCAGUAAGCAGAACCAUUCCAACUGGAAAUCACCACCACAGACACACCAGGAUGUGGAAUGGAUGAGCAGUCCUAGCGUGGAUAGAGUGGAAGUCAGAAAUGAUUUGGAUGAGUUUCUGAAACCUGGUACCUGCUCUUGGUCUGGCUUGGGUUUGGGACCUUCUGCAUCAUCACCAACCCGCCACUACUUGUCUUUUUCUCCCGUGUCACAAUGGGCGAGGGUGGACCCAUCCAUGCCUCAGGCCUGGGACAAGAUAUUGAAUAGGGCAAGAAUGAGAGACUCCUCUGUUAUGGGCCGUGAUGAAGGCUACUCGAUGAACCGGGCUACAGCGGUGCGUCAUGAAAGCAGUGGACCUCCAGAGGCCAACAGAGAUCCUGGCAGGCACCCCUUCCUUCGUUACCUGCCAGGGCAGCCGUGUGGACAUUCUGCCGACCCCUGGCUCCACCCUGGGGAGAGAGCCGCAGCCGAAAUUGGCCUGAGCUCUCUUGCCACUUCAACGUCUGCACAGUAUUCCCGGAAGGAGGAUUAUGGGCACCCUUUCUACCAUUUAAAUCAUCGUCCGACCAACCCUUUUCCCAAGCCCUACCAUGCUGACAUGGUGCAUUACCUCCCAUCUGCACUGCUGGACAGAGGACCGUCCCCCCCCCCGGCUUCUUUCAACAGCCCUGAGCGAUGGUGCUUCCCCCCAAUGAGGUUGUAUUGAUAAUAUUAGAAUUGAAGACUGUUGAAGAUUGUUUUGCACACUUAAAGGAGUAUGUGAGUUAUAUUUGAGCAAUAAGCAUUGGAAUGUGAUCACUGCCACAUAUGUGCUGUUACUUUGUGUACAUGAAAAGUAUUAAAUGUGGCGGUUGAAUGUUUAUUUAAAAACUACUGUUGAACCUCUUCUGUAACAUUCCCAAAGGAAAAAGAAAAACAGGAUUAUGUAUAAUUUUCAUUAUUAUUCAUUAUAAAACACAUCUGGAUACAAUGUGGAUAACUAAUUUUAGAAUAGUAAAUGUUAACGCCUUGAAGAACACACAGGAUUGUUGUUCACAUUCCUAUAAUGGCCUGUACAGAUGAUUAACCGUUUAACAACAUUGCUUUCGAAAGAUUCAAUCAAACAAGUAAUAGGUAAGACAGUGGAGUAUAUUUCUGUUAAUUUCUUGCCAAGCCUGUUUUUCUGUUAUUACCUUUUUCACUUAUCUCUUUCAUUUCUAACAUUAUUUAAGCAAAAGAAAAACGAUAACGUGACUCAAAUUUGUUUACAAACCCUAUUGGAAAUAAAUGCAAAUAAAAAUGUAACAAUGUAAUCUGAAAUAUAAUUGAUCAAUUGCAGAUAAUUAAAAAUUAUGGCAAGUUAUAGAUUUCAGCGGUAUAAUUGACAGAAGAGGCUGUUCGAUCGCCUUCUUCCGUCUCAGAGCUUUGGUUUUCACCUGCUUCCUCCUCAUCCUCCAUUCUACUUCCUG